AUGCUGGUCGAUCCGCCAGAUUCGCCGAGUGUCAUGGGAAUGAAGGGGCGGCACCGCCUACAGAAGGACGCGUCGCAUGUCGAUCGCGACUCGAUUUUCAUGCGCAACGGGCGCUGGUGCGACUUUGAGCGCAAGAACCUGGCAGCCUACGAGUACCUGUGCCAUGUCAGCGAGGCCAAGGAAUGGAUCGAGGCGUGCAUUAGCGAGGAGCUACCGGAGAUUGACACGCUCGAGGACUCGCUGCGGAACGGCGUCGGGCUGGCCAAGCUGGCAAGGACGUUCUGCCCCGAGGCGGUGGGCAAGAUUUACCAGCAGGACAGCGUCAAGCGGUCAUUCAAGUACACCGACAACAUCAACUUUUUCUUGCAGGCGAUUCGCCAGGUCAAGCUGCCACGGCUGUUCCACUUUGAGUUGACAGACCUGUACGACCGCAAAAACAUGCCGCGCGUUAUCUACUGUGUCCAUGCGCUCAGCCACUUUUUGGUCAAAAUGGGCAUUGCUCCUGGCAUGAAGGAUCUGGUGGGCCACCUCGAGUUCUCAGAAGCCCAGCUCCGACAGACACAGGCCGAGCUCGAUAAUCUGGGGCUCAAUGUUCCGUCGUUCCACCAGAAGGAGCGCAUUGCUCGCGAGCAGGAGGCAGCGGUGCUGGAGCGUCGUAAGCGGCUCGAGUCGGAGCGCGCAGAGCUCGAGCGGCGCAUCGUCGGAGUGCAGGCGCUGAUUCGCGGCCGGCUGGCACGCAAGCUGUACGCUGAUAUGCGCGGGUGGAUUGCUGCUAUCACCAGGUUCCAGGCGCUAUGCCGUGGCUACAUCGUACGCGAGGAGUACGGGUCGCGCCUGUCGUCGUGGAAGACGGUUGAGAUGGGUGUGAAGAAGAUCCAGGCGCUGUCCCGCGGGUACUUGGUCCGGCAGCGUCUGAAGGAGCGUAGGACGCACCUGAAGCGCAAUGUGAACGUCAUUGUCAAGCUGCAGAACAUGUACCGGGCCAAGCUGGCAGGCAAGGCGUACCGCACGCUGACCGUCGAGGACAUGCCGCCGACGCCCAAGGUUGUGCAGAGCUGUGCGUCGAUCCUGGAGGACACGGACCAGGACAUUGAGGAGGAGCUUGAUCUGGAGCGCCAUCGCCAGCUGGCAGUUCGGCAGAUCCGCGAGAACCAGCAGACGACGCGGAUCUUGGAGCAGCUCGAUAUCAAGAUCGCGCUGCUUGUGCGCAACCGCAUUUCGCUGGAGGAGGUGGUCCGGCAGACGAGCCGCCAUUUCCGAUUCCUCGAUGAGAUGCGCAAGCCGUCGACCAUUGCCUCGCCCAGUUUCCGCAACUCGUAUUCAUCACUGGCGCUCUCGGGCGUGGUGCCGGCCAACUCACUGUACUCGCUCAAGAAUCUUGACAAGGAGUCGCGCAAGCGGCUGGACGGGUACCAGCACCUGUUUUAUCUGCUGCAGACGCAGCCUACAUAUCUGGCCCGGCUGCUGUUCCUGCUCAACCAGGGCGGCUCCAAGGAUAUCUCGAUAUCGAAGCUGAUCGAGACCAUCGUCCUGACGCUGUUUGGGUUUGCGCAGAAUGCGCGUGAGGAGUAUCUGCUGCUGAAGCUCUUGUGCUCGGCGAUCAAGAUCGAGAUGGAUUCGAUCUCCAACAUCCAAGAGUUCCUGCGCGGCAACCCCAUCUUCAUCAAGCUCGCAGUGCACUACAACCGCGGCGCCAAGGAGCGCAAGUACCUGCGCGAUCUGCUCCAGCCGCUGAUCAAGAAGGUGCUCGAUGACCCCGAGAUCGACCUGGAGAGCGACCCGCUGGUCAUCUACCGCAGUCUGAUCCGCGAGGAGGAGUCGCGGACGGGCGAGAAGUCGCGGCGGCAGUACGAUGUCACCCGCGAGGUUGCGCUGAACGACUUUGAGACGCGCACGACGUUCAUCAAGCACCUGCGGCAGCUGCGCACGCUGGCCGAGGAGUUUGUCGAUGCCAUCCUCAAGUCGCUGGACGACAUGCCCUACGGCAUGCGGUAUAUUGCGCGCGAGCUGCGGCGGGCGCUGACAACCAAGUUCCCUGACGAGCCAGAGCAGCAGGUGAUGAAGGUGGUGGGCCAUCUGGUGUACUACCGGUACAUCAACCCGGCCAUCAUUGCCCCCGAGAUGUUUGACGUCAUCGAGACGACGAUCACGCCGCUGCAGCGCAAGAACCUGGGCGAGAUAGCCAAGAUCCUGAACCAGGUCAGCGUGGGCAUGAAGUUCAACGAAGACAACAUGUUCUUGUCGCCGCUCAACAACCACAUUGGGUAUCUGUGGGGCCGGUUCCUGACAUAUGCGUAUGAGGUGACUGACGUGGUCGACCCCGAGGUCAAGUUCCAGAUCGACGAGUUCACUGACCUGGCGACUCUCCACAAGCCGAGCAUUUGCAUGACGAUCUCCGAGAUCCAGACCAUGCACCAGGCGCUGGAGACCAAUCUUGACUACAUAGCGCCGGCGAUUCCGGAGCAGGAUCCGCUGCGCGUGGUCCUGCAGGACCUGGGCAAGGCACCGCGGACCCGGUCCGACCCGUAUUCGCACUAUGAGCUGCAGCUGGAGCUGGCAGAUCGGUUUGCCGAUGACACGGCCGAGCGCGCGGCCAAGCUGCACCGGCUGUUCCUCGAGACAAAGCGCAAGUGGCUGACGAUUCUGCGGGUGCAGUCCGGCCCGUCGCUGCUCGAGAUCCUGGAGCGGCCGGUGACGGCCGAGGACGAGUCGCGCUGGCGGGCGUCGAUUCAGCUGGAGAUAGCCAAGAUGGAGGAGCGCAAGCAGCGGCACCUGGCGCAGUGGCAGCAGCACGGCAUGUCGGGCCGCAGCUCGCCCACGCCCUCGGUGAGCUCGCAGAAGCAGCCGCCGCCGCCGCCAGCGCUGGCGGGCGAGAAGGUGGUUCGCGAGCUGGCGUCGCUGACGUUCUCGGAGCUCAAGCGGCAGGUGGCCAAGAGCAUGCGGAUGCUGGAGACCGAGCGGUGGGUCGAGCGCACGCGCAACGAUGGGUACCAGGGCAUGCUGAAUGCCAUUGCACGUGACAUCCGCACCAAAGCGCAGCGCCGCGACCGGCGGCGGGUGGAGAUGCGGCGGAUCCGCACGACGCUGCUGAACCUGAAGGAGAAGAGCGAGUACCUGGAGUCGCAGCGGCGGGCGUACGAGGAGUACCUGGCGUCCUGCACGCGGCGGCUGGCGAAGGAUGCGCCGAGCAGCCAGCGCAAGAUGCACAGCGUGCUGCCGUUCACGCGGCAGUACUUCCAUCUGCGCGACCUGCAGCGGGCGGGCCGUGUUCCGCGGUUUGGCUCGUACAAGUACUCUGCCGAGAAGCUGUACUACAAGGGCGUCAUCAUCAGCGUCGACGGGUACCCGCCGCGGCAGCUGGACAAGAUCAGCCUGACCAUCUCGUCGGACGAGGCCGGCGUGUUUGACGUGCAGGUCAGCCUGCUCGGCGUGAAGAUGCCCGGCGGCGGAUGCGUGCUGCACAUGCAGGAUCUGCUCCAGCUGCAGUACGAUAAUGUGCAGACCAUGACGCUCUACGAGGGCAGCGUGGUCGUCAACACGUACUUGCUGGUGUAUCUUAUCAACAAGAAGUUCUAUUCGUAG